GAUUCCGCGGUAGCGGUGGCGGUAGUAGGGCGCCGAGUCUGGGGAGUGGCUCUCCCCUUCCCCCUCCCCCCCGCUCCCCCCGGGUUCGGUGGCGGCGGCUCCUCCCCCUGGGGGGGUGGUGCGACGGCGGUGGCACCUACGGCCAUGGCGGCAACCACUGCUAACCCCGAAAUGACGUCAGAUGUACCGUCACUGGGUCCAGCCAUUGCAUCUGGAAAUCCUGGGCCUGGGAUUCAAGGUGGAGGAGCCAUUGUCCAGAGACCUAUUAAACGGCGGCCGGGGUUGGAUUUUGAUGAUGAUGGAGAAGGGAAUAGUAAAUUUUUGAGGUGUGAUGACGAUCAGAUGUCUAACGAUAAGGAGCGGUUUGCCAGGUCGGAUGAUGAGCAGAGCUCUGCGGAUAAAGAGAGACUUGCCAGGGAAAAUCAUAGUGAAAUUGAACGGCGGCGGCGGAACAAGAUGACAGCCUACAUCACAGAACUGUCAGACAUGGUGCCCACCUGUAGUGCCCUGGCUCGAAAACCAGACAAGCUAACCAUCUUACGCAUGGCGGUUUCUCACAUGAAGUCUUUGCGAGGCACUGGCAACACAUCCACUGAUGGCACCUACAAGCCAUCUUUCCUCACUGAUCAGGAACUGAAACACUUGAUCUUGGAGGCAGCAGAUGGCUUUCUGUUUAUUGUCUCGUGUGAGACAGGCCGGGUGGUAUAUGUCUCUGACUCAGUGACCCCUGUUUUGAACCAGCCACAGUCUGACUGGUUCGGCAGCACACUCUAUGACCAGGUGCACCCCGACGACGUAGACAAACUUCGUGAGCAGCUUUCCACCUCGGAAAAUGCCCUGACAGGGCGUAUCCUUGAUCUGAAGACUGGAACGGUGAAAAAGGAAGGCCAGCAGUCCUCCAUGAGGAUGUGCAUGGGCUCAAGGAGAUCAUUUAUUUGCCGUAUGAGGUGUGGCAGUAGCUCUGUGGACCCAGUCUCCAUGAAUAGGCUGAGCUUCGUGAGGAACAGAUGCAGGAAUGGACUUGGCUCUGUGAAGGAUGGGGAGCCUCACUUCGUGGUGGUCCACUGCACAGGCUACAUCAAAGCCUGGCCCCCAGCAGGUGUCUCCCUCCCAGACGAUGACCCAGAGGCCGGCCAGGGGAGCAAGUUUUGCCUAGUGGCCAUCGGCAGACUGCAGGUAACUAGUUCUCCCAACUGCUCAGACAUGAGUAAUGUUUGCCAACCAACAGAGUUCAUCUCUCGACACAACACUGAGGGACUCUUCACUUUCGUGGAUCACCGCUGUGUGGCUACUGUUGGCUACCAACCACAGGAACUCUUAGGAAAGAAUAUUGUAGAAUUCUGUCAUCCUGAAGACCAGCAACUUCUAAGGGACAGCUUCCAACAGGUGGUGAAAUUAAAAGGCCAGGUGCUGUCUGUCAUGUUCCGGUUCCGGUCUAAGAACAGAGAAUGGCUGUGGAUGAGAACCAGCUCCUUUACUUUCCAGAACCCGUACUCAGAUGAAAUUGAGUACAUCAUCUGUACCAACACCAGCGUGAAGAACUCCAGCCAGGAACCACGGCCUACACUAUCCAGCACAAUCCAGAGGCCACAGCUGGGUCCCACAGCUAAUUUACCCCUGGAGAUGGGCACAGGGCAGCUGGCACCCAGGCAGCAGCCACAGCAAACGGAAUUGGAUGUGGUACCAGGAAGAGAUGGACUGGCCAGCUACAAUCAUUCCCAGGUUUCUGUUCAGCCUGUGACAGCCGCAGGGCCAGAACACAGCAAGCCCCUUGAGAAGUCAGAUGGUCUCUUUGCCCAAGAUGGAGAUCCAAGAUUUUCAGAAAUCUACUCCAACAUCAAUGCAGAUCAGAGUAAAGGCAUCUCCUCCAGCACUGUCCCCGCCACCCAACAGCUAUUCUCCCAGGGCAGCACAUUCCCUCCUACCCCCCGGCCGGCCGAGAAUUUCAGAAAUAGUGGUCUGGCCCCUCCUGUAACCAUCGUGCAGCCAUCAGCUUCUGCAGGGCAGAUGUUGGCCCAGAUUUCCCGCCACUCCAACCCCACCCAGGGAGCAGCCCCAGCGUGGACCCCUAGCACUCGCCCAGGCUUCUCUGCCCAGCAAGUGGCCACCCAAGCCACAGCCAAGACCCGUUCUUCCCAGUUCGGUGUGGGCAACUUUCAGACGCCAUCGUCCUUCAGCCCCAUGUCCCUUCCCGGUGCUUCCACUGCGUCCCCUGGUGCCGCUGCAUACCCUAGUCUCACCAGUCGGGGAUCCAGCUUUGCUCCUGAGCAGGCCGGGCAGACCACAGGACAGUUCCAGACGCGGACAGCAGAGGGGGUGGGAGUCUGGCCACAGUGGCAGGGCCCGCAGCCUCAUCAUCGUUCAAGUUCCAAUGAGCAACAUGUUCAACAGCCAUCAGCACAGCAACCUGGCCAGCCUGAGGUCUUCCAGGAGAUGCUGUCCAUGCUGGGGGAGCAGAGCAGCAGCUACAGCAGUGAAGAGUUUCCCGACCUGACUAUGUUCCCCUCUUUUUCAGAAUAGAACUAUUGGGGUGAGGACAAGGGGUGGGGGAGAAAAAUCAACAUUUGUUUUUAAAAAGCAAAUCUUUUUGUAAACAAUAAAAGUUCCUCUCCCUGCCCUUCCCUCACCCCUAAUGUGUACCCCCUUUCACUUCUGGCCUUUCCCUUGCCCUCUUGCCCUUCUGAGAUAAUUUAUAGAUGAGAUGGAGUGAGUCCUCAAGACUUUGGGGACCCUUUGCAAAACUGAAGCUGGGUGAGGUUAAGACUGCCUUUCCUAUGUCUCCUGACCAGAAACUUGGGCAGAGACAACUUGCGCUAAGUCCACAGAGCAGAGGAACCUGACGUCCUCUGCCUCGGAUCCCAUGGCUUCUGUUUUGGAAAGAAAGUCUGAAUUAGGUAGGGGAGAGGAGAAAUGUCCUCAGACUGAGGACCGUGGAACGUGGUAAGGGUACAUGGGGCUUUAGGAAGUGAGCAAAUGCUCCUUCUGCUGCCUGUGAGCAGUUCCUCUAGAAAGAAACAUGGGUGAGGAAGUGAGAGAGUGAGUGAGUGAGUGAGUGUGUGUGUGUGUGUGUGUGUGUGUGUGUGUGUGUGUGUACACACAUGUGCGUUUCUGUGUUUCUCCCUACUAGGGAGUUAUGCAAAAUUUGUCUCAGAUGUUAUCUUCGUCUUUCUCUGUUUUUCAGAGUCCUAAGGAGUUAAAUCUUCCAGGUAUUUUUCACUUAGUAUUGCAGCCAAAGAGUGUUUAAAUAAAUGUCUUUGCUGCACU